AUGGCGGACGAAGCUCAGGCUACGGCGAAGGGCGAGCGCUCACCACGCGGACAAGCUUCUCCGGUUGGCGAAACCGCACACAUCGAGCCGGCCCCCCAAAAUGAAGAGGAAGACGACCCAACCCUCGGCGAAGAAACCCUCUCCUCAACCGCCUCCAUCUCCUCAACCAUUCUCGAAUUUCAGACCCUUCACGGCAGGCGAUAUCAUGCCCGCUUUGGAGACAUCAAGUAUUGGGCUGCGAAUGAUGAGCGACAGUUGGAGUCCGAGGAGUUACAGCAUUUGGCCAUGACGUUGGCUUUGAAGGGCGAGUUUUAUCUGGCGCCGAUUGACCGAUCCAAAAUAGAGAAAGCUCUUGAUAUUGGCACCGGAGGCGGCCUCUGGGCAGUAGAUUUCGCCGACGACAACCCCAACGUCGAGGUGAUCGGCACCGACAUCUCCCCCGUCCAGCCCCAAUGGGUUCCCCCCAACCUCCGCUUCGAAAUCGAGGACUUCACCAAAGAAUGGACCUUCGCCCCAGAGUCCGUAGAUUACAUCCACCUCCGCUGGCUCCUCGGCAGCGUCGCCGACUGGGACGCCUUCUUCAAAGAAGCAGCCCGAACCCUCAAAUCAGGCGGCAUCGUCGAGUCGCACGAGCCCCAGUGCCACAUCGAGAGCGAGGACGGCUCCGUCAAGGAGGACAGCGCACUGGCGAAGUGGGGGCCCAUGUUCGUCAAGGCGGGCGAGAGCUGGGGACGGCCUUUUGAUAUUAUUGAUAAGGGUUCCGAUUGGCGACUGGCCCAAGAAUGCGGCGUUGAAGGAAUUGGGCGCCAUUCGGGCGAGGCUUUUAAGCGGGAUCUUGAAGGCUACGCGCUCGUGGCGGCUGCAGAGGGUAUGGGCUGGGACAAGGAGCAUACGCAGGUCUACGCUGCUAGCCUCCGGAAGGAGCUGGCGGACAGGAAUAUCCACCCGGUUUUCCGCCACAGGAUUGUCUGGGGCCGGAAGCCAUAA